AGAUUCAAGGCGUUCAACUUCCGGGCAUCCAGGCAGAACCGGUCUUUCCCUGGCUUCGACACCACUGUUGUGCGAUUGCUCCACGGGCUUUUGCUCUCCUCAAUGACACCCAGCUCCAACAUCUUGUCGAUUUCAUCUUCGACCCCCUUCUGCUUCGCCGGAGACAUCGGAUACGGACGAUCCUUAAAGACCCGAGCUCCUUCCAUCAGCUCAAUGGAAUGCCUCUCCAUGCUGGUGACUCCGAGGCCCUCCCUUUCAAGAUGCUCCAUCUGGCUGGCAUGGAUUUCCUCCGCUGCCUUGACGCUUCUCGUCACCGGCUUCCCCACGACGGCUGGAGCUAGUCCGAAGGCUCGCCAGAAGUCGACUCCGAAGCAGCUCCAAGCGUCCGAUGAUGGAUCGAUCCUCGCAAGAAGCCGUCCGGACUACCGAAAAAUACGGUUGGACGGUAACUCCCAGCGUUUCCACGAGCUCUCUUUGCCCAGCACACUUACGCUGGCGCCUGUGUCCAACAAGCCGGUGAGCUGCUUGCCCAAGGCUUCCACGUCGGCGAAGGGUCUAGGAUCGGCGGAAUCUAUGCGUUUAACGGCUGCCACCACCUCUCGUCGUCUUGAUCUCCUCAUCCUGAAGCGCUCCCUCGCCUUCUGGACUCUCCGUGAGACAAGACGCAUGCCGCUCAGCUGAUGUUCCGCAAAGAUCCGGUUCCGUGCCUCCAUAUA